AUGGUGCUCAAUCUGAAAGCUAUUAUGUUACUAGCUUUGCAUCUCUUGCCUGGAGUGAAAAACUCACUGGUAAAUUUGAGUAACAAUGGAUAUGAUGGCAUUGUCAUUGCAAUUAACCCCAGUGUACCAGAAGAUGAAAAACUCAUUCAAAACAUAAAGGAAAUGGUUACUGAAGCUUCUACUUACCUGUUUCAUGCCACCAAACGAAGAGUUUAUUUCAGGAAUGUAAGCAUUUUAAUUCCAAUGACUUGGAUGUCAAAAUCUGAGUACUUAAUACCAAAACAAGAAUCAUAUGACCAGGCAGAUGUUAUAGUUGCUAAUCCUUACCUAAAAUAUGGAGAUGAUCCCUAUACACUUCAAUAUGGACAAUGUGGAGAAAAAGGACAAUACAUACAUUUUACCCCAAACUUCUUGUUGGCUAAUAAUUUGUCUACCUACGGGGCCCGAGGCAGAGUAUUUGCCCAUGAGUGGGCCCAUCUCCGGUGGGGAAUAUUUGAUGAAUAUAAUGUAGAUCGACCAUUCUAUGUUUCCAGAAGGAACACUAUUGAAGCAACAAGAUGUUCAACUCAUAUUACUGGUAUUAACGUGGUUUUCAAGGAAUGCCAAGGAGACAGCUGUAUAACGAGGCCAUGCAGACGUGACUCACAGACAGGACUAUAUGAAGCAAAAUGUACAUUCAUUCCAGAAAAAUCCCAGACUGCAAGGGAAUCCAUAAUGUUCAUGCAAAGUCUCAAUUCUGUGACUGAAUUUUGUACAGCUGAAACACACAAUCCAGAAGCUCCAAACCUACAAAACAAAAUGUGUAAUCACAGAAGCACAUGGGAUGUGAUGAUGGACUCUGAUGAUUUUCAGAAUGCAUUGCCCAUGAUGGGAACAGAUGAACCACCUCAUCCUACAUUUUCAUUGCUUAAGUCCAAACAACGAGUAGUCUGCUUGGUACUUGAUAAAUCUGGAAGCAUGAAUUCAGAAGACCGUCUCUUUCGAAUGAAUCAAGCAGCAGAACUAUACUUGAUUCAAAUUAUUGAAAAGGGAUCCUUGGUUGGAAUGGUCACAUUUGAAAGUUUUGCUAAAAUCCAGAAUUAUCUAACAAAAAUAACUGAUGAUAAUGCUUAUCAAAAGAUCACUGUAAACCUGCCUCAAGUAGCUGGUGGUGGAACUUCAAUUUGCAGUGGACUCAGAGAAGGAUUCCAGGUAAUUAAGCACAGUAACCAGAGUACUUCUGGUUCUGAAAUCAUAUUAUUAACAGAUGGGGAAGAUGAUCAAAUAAGUUCAUGCUUUGUGGAGGUUAAACAAAGUGGUGCUGUCAUCCACACAAUUGCUCUGGGACCUUCUGCUGCCAAAGAACUAGAGACUCUGUCAAAUAUGACAGGAGGACAUCGUUUUUAUGCCAAUAAAGAUAUAAAUGGCCUUAUUGAUGCUUUCAGUAGAAUUUCAUCUAGAAGUGGCCAUACCACUGAGCAGGCUAUUCAGUUGGAAAGUAAAGCCUGGAAUAUUGCAGGAAGGAAACAGAUAAAUGGCACAGUGCCUCUGGACAGCACAAUUGGAAAUGACACUUUCUUGGUUGUCACAUGGACAACACAAAAGCCAGAAAUUCUUCUUCAAGAUCCAAAAGGAAGGACAUACAAAACCUCAGAUUUCGUGGAAGAUAAACUAAAUAUUCGGUCUGCCCGUCUUCGAAUACCAGGUAUUGCAGAGACAGGUACUUGGACUUACAGCCUUCUAAAUAAACAUGCCAGCUCUCAAAUGCUGACAGUGACAAUGACAACUAGGGCAAGAAGUCCCACCACACUGCCAGUCAUUGCGACGGCUCACAUGAGUCAAGAUACAGCACAGUACCCUAACCCAGUAAUUGUCUAUGCACAAGUCAGUCAAGGGUUUCUGCCUGUUCUGGAAAUCAAUGUAACAGCAGUUAUAGAAACCGAAGAUGGACAUCAAGUAACACUGGAGCUCUGGGACAAUGGUGCAGGUGCUGAUACUGUCAAGAAUGAUGGCAUCUACUCAAGAUAUUUUACAGAUUACCAUGGAAAUGGUAGAUACAGUUUAAAAGUACGUGCCCAGGCAAAGAAGAACACGGCUAGGCUAAGUUUAAAACAACGACAGAACAAAGCUCUGUAUAUACCAGGCUAUGUUGAAAAUGGUAAAAUUAUACUGAACCCACCCAGACCUGAAACCAAAGAUGACAUGGCAGAAGCCAAAGUAGAAGACUUCAGCAGACUAACCUCAGGAGGGUCAUUUACUGUAUCAGGAGCUCCUCUUCCUGGAAAUCCAACUCAUGUGUUCCCACCUGGUAAAAUUACAGACCUUGAGGCUAAGUUUAAAGAUGAUCAUAUUCAACUUUCAUGGACUGCCCCUGGCAAUGUCCUUGAUAAAGGAAAAGCAAACAGCUACAUUAUAAGAAUGAGUAAAUGUUUCCUGAAUCUCCGAGAAGAUUUUGACAAGGCUGCUUUUGUGAAUACUUCUAGUCUGAUACCUAAGGAGGCUGGCUCAGUAGAAAAUUUUGAAUUUGAACCAGAACCUUUUAAAAUAGAAAAUGGCACCAAAAUCUAUAUUGCAGUGCAAGCCAUCCAUGAAACCAAUCUCACCUCAGAGGUUUCUAACAUUGCACAAGCAAUCAAGUUUAUUCCUCCACAGGAAUACCAUGUUCCCGCUCUGGGUACCAAGAUUUCUGCAAUCAGUUUGGUAAUUUUUGGGUUAGCUCUGAUUUUAUCUAUAUUUUAAACUAGGAAUUGUAUUAGAACUAAAAUUCAAUGUUGUACAUACUUAGAAAACACUUAUUUAGAAUUUAAUUUGUUAAAUAUGUUUACUAAAAAACUCUUUGUAACAUAAAAAUGAAUGUACAACAGUUGUAAAUUUCCUCAUUACUUGAGUUAAUUAAUACUAAUUGGAUGUUAAAUGUAAAUCAAAAUGAGUAUACCAAUUCCUGUCUCUGAAAAAUCCCUAUUAGUUCCAUAUAAAAAGAAGAUGCAUAUUUGUACUUGUAGACUUUUUAAGAAACAUUUUCAGAAUAUGCUACAAAUUCAUUUAGUAUAUUAACAAAAUCAGAGUUUAUCUAAGCCAUUUGAAAAAUAUGUAUGUAUCCAUAAUAGAAGUAAUUUUAUGGUAGAAUUACUUAGGUUUCACUGUUGAUUAUGAAUGAAUACUUCAUGUUUACAUGAACUAUAAUCAAAAAGGACUAUAAAUUAACUUUUCAAUGAGAAAGGUCUAAAGCACUAAGGAAGUCAAAUUUGUUUUUUAUCACUGAUUAAAAAUGGUAUAUUAACGUUUUGACCUUAGGCAUGAAAUGACUAUUAGAUAUGAAGAAUGUUUUUCUGUAUAAAUUGCCAAUAUAUCACAAUAAAGACUUAUUUAUAUUCUGAGACCAUUACUAGGCUUAAGGGUAUUACCAAAAUAUUCCACCAGGGUAGAGAUUCUUUUAUUCAUUGCUGUAUCUCAACAUCUAGAAUAGUACUUGACAUAUAAUAGAUAAUUAAUAAAUAUGUGUUAAACAAAUUAAUGGAUAUUUUCAUACCAUCAAAGAAAUCCAAAUUUGAUCCAUUACAUCAAGAAGUAUUCACUAAGUAUGAUAGGCACAUGGUAUUGUGAGGACUUGAAGACUAACCACUUCAUAACAAUAAUCUGAAUUAACACAUAGUAUUUCAGGAAGUUAACUAUAACAUGUCACAGAAUUUAUAAACUAUCUAAUAAGAUAUAAAUUAAACGAUAUACCAAUAAUGUGGGUUAUUUUCUAAGAGAGAAAGAGACAAAGAGUGGCAAUUAUAUUAGAGGAAAAUCCUUUGUUUACAGGCAGGAAGAUUUCAAAAACUCUUUGAAUGUCUGAAAGGAGGAAGCUAUAUGCUAUAUCUGGAAAAGCCAGGGAAAAGAUUAUAAAACAUUAGCAAACCAAAUCCAGAAGAAUACACAAAAAAUAAUAAUAUAUUAUGACCAAGUUGAAUUUAUCCUAGGAAUCCAAAGAUAGUUUAGUAUUAGGAAAUCAAUGUAGUUCACUACAUUCACAGAUUAUUAAGAAAAGGAACAUUAAAUCUUCAAGAAGGAAUGAGAAAUUAGGCACCAGAGAGGAAGAAUUAUAAAUUCUCAAGAAAAUAAAUCACUUAAGAGUCUAAAAAAUAAUUUUAAAAAUUACUGUUGAUUAUGAAAGUCUGUAAAGGCCAGAAGAUAAUUUAUUCUCAUCUAUAUGGCCACUAGACUGAAAAAGAGUUAGAGAGCUUUUGCAGUCACUGAGGAAAGUUAAGAUUCCUAUGCAGUAAGAGAAAAAAAAAGGAAUAGAAGAUUCCUUUACAAUAAUUGGAAAUGAAGAUACAAAACUAUUAUUAUUUGCAGGUGACAUAGAAAAAAACAAUAAAAUUAACAAAUAAUUUAACAGGAGAGUUCUGAAAAGUUACCACACACAAGAUCAAUUUAUAAAAAUCAGUAGUACUAGCUACAUCUAUAGCUUUUCUUCUUCCUUCCUAAUUACAACCCUUAAAUAGAAUUCGUGCCUCAUAUCGAAUUU